AGCUCAGCAAGGCAGGCUUGUUGCUAAGCUAGCUACCUAUCCGGUGUUGCUAACGGACGCUAAGUCAACCUCCAGCAAACUGCGGUGUGGCUUGGUCUGACUAAGAGCACGUCGGCAGCAUGAUUGCUUCAUAUGAUGCUGAUUUGAUUGAUCACGUUAGUUAGAGAUCAUAUGAGGGACGGUAGAGAGGACAGAGCACCAGCAGCAGCGGCUCCGGGUUCUCCUGCUGCUAGCCCAAGUUCCUCCUCUGCCUGUGGAUGAGGUUUAGCUAGCUUUAACACACACCGAGGCGGUGGAUACAUGUCUACCUCUCAACCACGACAAGAACUACGAAAGGGAAAUCUUGCAGUUCAUGUUUCGCCAAGAAGUCGGUGUGGCGUCUUUUAUUCCAUCUUGUUCGUAUCUUUUCCAACACGAGAAGAGGAAUAUGUCCAGAUAUAACAUAUACAGCCUGUUGGACUGGGUCUACGGAGGGGUGGACCCCAAGUUUGAAGGCAAUGGGGGGCCCGAGUGUGCCGCUUUCCUCGCGCCCCAGCAGCGCAUCAGCGAGAGCCUGGUCAUCGUCCUCAUCUCCCUUGUGGAGAUCUUCGUGGCUCUGAAGAAAAUCAACCUCUCCAAAGAGCUCAAAGUGGUCAGCAAAGACUGCACAAAGGCAAAGGAGGACAGUAUGGGCAAGAACCUGUUGCUGGUCGCCCUUUGCAUGACUUUUGGAGUGGAGGUUGGGUUCAAGUUCGCGACCAAGACUGUGAUCUACCUGCUGAACCCCUGCCAUGUCAUGACCAUGGUCCAGAUCUUCCUGCUGGCCUGCCCGCCAUGUAAAACAGCAAUGGUUGUAUUUAGGCUGCAGGUCCACAUGCUGAACGGUGCAUUAUUGGCUUUAAUGUUCCCUGUAGUCAACACCAGACUGCUACCAUUUGAGAAGGAGAUCUACUACAUCCAGCACUCCAUGCUGUACCUGGUGCCUCUCUACCUGUUCAGAAAAGGAGGUGUGUACAAGCCUGAGCCUCUGGGGGACAUGUGGUGGGCGCUGCUCUCCACCGGCAUUCUGUUCCUCUACCACUUCCUCUUCUUGCAGCUCCUUGGCCUGGUGACUGAGGUCAACCUGAACAACAUGCUGUGCCCGGCCGUGUCCGAUCCCUUUUACGGGCCUUGGUACCGGGUGUGGGCCACGGGCCACCAGACCCUGCUGACCCUCCUUCACGGGAAGGUGCUCACACUCCUCUCGCAACACACAGGCUCCGUGUGCAGAUGCCUGUUGGACACACUCCGACUGCGCAGCAAGAAAGUCGACUGAAUGUCCACGUGGAUGCACACAGACCUAGCCUUUCAUUCUAAAUGCCUGCUCUUAUCAUGGAGAUUUUUUUUAAAUUAAAUCAUCAUUUUAAUGCAUCUUUUAAGACUUCCCAUCUGUUUUUUGUUUUUUCUGAGACAAGUAAGCAUUUCAGGGUCAGUGAAUCAAUGUGUCAUUUAUUUAGUGUUGUAGUUGGCUUGCAUACAAACUCGCAUGCACAAACGAGAGGCAUUUGAGGGCUGUUAGUUUGCAUUGUGGAGCUGGACAAAAUAAGCCUUUUUUUUGGGAGAGGGGGGUACAAUUUCCAGAAAAAUGUAAAUGAAUUUGUGGGAGAUUUCUCAAGCUGCCUUUUUGUAUAUGUAAAGUUUCAAGGACAGGAAACAGAGUCACCUAAAUGUCAGUACUGACCUGCAGUUGUUACACUUUCAGUUCUUUAUGUAGUAGUUAUGCUAGAUCAUUAUGUUAGUGAGUAAAGCUGCCAUUUUAUUUGUCUCAAGUGCGUUUUGAAACAGAUUGUGAAUGUGAGCUGUUGUAACAUUGCUUGUUUAUAGUCUGAGGAUUUUUGUUUGUCAUGUAUGAUCACCUCUAACUGUUGUCAUGACUGAAAACAGAGUUAUUUAUGGCGUCCCUCUGUUCCCACUUUACAACACACAUGUACAGGGUAUAAAAACAUAUUAGUGGCCUCUUUGCGUUUCUGUCUCCAGCCCGUUCAGAUCAUUCCAGUUGUGAUAAUCAGGGGACAUGAGGAUGCUUUAUGUGCUGAGACUCAAAGUGAUGAAUGAGGAUUUAUGGAUCUACACUGGGGUGUUAUUGUUAUUACCUCUGCCAAGGAGGUUAUGUUAUUGUCUGUUAUUUUGUUGUGAUAUUGGAACAUACUCAGUGGGAUAUAAACUUCAGUGCGUUGAAUGAAUGUGCUAUUUGCCAAGAUGGAAAAUAUCUUGACAAAAUAUGUAUCUGAGCUGGAAUCAUGCAUCAUGACACUUGAAUAGAAUUUCUUGCUUGAUUGAAAUGAUUGCAUCCGAAGAUCUGCAUGAAGUCACUUUGGGUUAUUUAUUGACGACCCAUUAGAAAGAAAGUAUUAACCAGUUUUGGCAAUUAGAAUAUUUCAGUCAUGGUUUAUAUAAUUUCAAGUGUUAGGGGUGUAUGUAUUACUGUAGCAUAUACUGUACUUCACUGUAAAGAAGGGAUAAGACAAACUUUUGUAUUUCUAUCAGUUCGAGUGUAUGUGCUGUAUUGACAAUAAAAGUGAUUUCAGUUGA